AUGCUGUGUAAAAGGCUUCAAGUGGGAUGGACAGCCCGCAAUAGCAAAGAAGUGCGCGAGCCCGAGAUCUUUGCCUUUGCAAAAGAAUUGCGAGGCAAGUACCGACGCGUCGGCGCCAUCGGCUUCUGCUUCGGCGGCUGGGCCGUGUUUCGUCUUGGUGCCAAAACAAGUGGAGGAUUAGUCGAUUGCAUUUCCACUGCGCAUCCAUCCUGGCUCAUCAAGGAGGAAAUCGAGAAUGUGGAUGUUCCGGUGCAGAUUCUGGCACCGGAGAUCGAUCCAGUGUUUACACCGGAGUUGAAGGAAUUUUCUAACCGAGUUAUACCUUCGCUGGGUCUCGAUUAUGAUUAUCAACAUUUUCCUGCUUUGGUUCAUGGGUUUGCUGUGAGAGGUAAUAAGGAGAAUGAGGCUGAGUUGAAGGGUCUGGUACGGGCAAAGAUUGCUGCUGUUCAUUGGUUCAACCAAUACCUCCACUGA